AUGCAGGACGGUGACUUCAAGGCACUGAAGAUCGACCAGGGGCGGAUGAUGGACUCUCUGCAUUCCAUAUGUUCUUUCGGGACGGGUAAGCGCUGGGGAAGUGCCCCGACUGAGACCGGCAUGUCCCGUCUAGCCCUCAGCGAUAGUGACAAGCAGGCCCGGGACUGGUUCGUGGACACCACCACGGCACUGGGAUGCGCUAUCAACCUGGACGCCAUGGGCAACAUCUUCGCCGUGCGCCCCGGUCGUCAGAGCGGCCUGGCCACCUUCGCUGGCUCGCACUUGGACACCCAGCCGAGUGGCGGCAGGUAUGAUGGGAUAUUGGGUAUCCUGGCCGGUAUCGAGAUGUUGAGGGUACUCGAGGACCACCAUAUCGAGACCGAGUUCCCGGUGGGAGUUGUUAAUUGGACCAACGAGGAGGGCGCUCGGUUCCCGAUCAGCAUGGUAUCAUCCGGUGUCUGGGCAGAAGAUAUCCCCCUCGCCCGCGCCCACAACCUCAAAGAGGUAGGCGGAGGGAAAGCCACCGUGAAGUCCGAGCUAGAGCGCAUCGGCUACCUCGGCACCAUGCCAGCGAGCUACAAGAGCAUGCCAAUGGCAGCGCACUUCGAGCUACACAUCGAGCAAGGUCCCAUCCUCGAGACCGAGCGGCAGAAAGUGGGAGUCGUGCACGGGGUGCAGGCCUACCGCUGGUUCACGGUCGAAGUCCAGGGGCGCGACGCCCACACGGGCACCACGCCCCUCGCCAACCGCGCCGACGCAAUGCUGCUCGCGGCCCGGCUCAUCACGCACGCCCACCGCCUCGCAACAACACAUUCUGCCAUGGCGGCAACCGGGAUCCUGACCCUUACCCCGGGCAGCACAAACACGAUCCCGGGCACUGUCCGGUUCGCACUCGACGUCCGCGCCCCCGCCGACGCGACCGUCGACGCCAUGGAAGCCGAUCUCAAGGCGGACUUCGCGGCCCUCGCAGCAGGCGAGAACAUCGGCGGUCUCCUAGACGGCUCCACGCCAGGAAAGCCCCUAAACAUAUCAUGGCAGACCGACAGCGUGUCGCCCGCGACGCUGUUCCACGCAGACUGCAUAGCAGCGGUCCGCGCCGCGGCCGAGGCCGUGACGGGCGACAAGGGCCUGGUGCGGGACAUGACGAGCGGAGCGGGCCACGACAGCGUGUACGCGAGCCGUCGGUGCCCGACGAGCAUGAUCUUCGUGCCGUCCCGGAACGGCGUCAGCCACAACCCGGAGGAGUACACGAGCCCGGAGGACUGCGCUGUUGGGGCCGAGGUGUUGCUGCAGAGCGUGCUUAGGUAUGAUCGGUUGAGGAGCAUGGGUGCGACUGGAUCGGGCUAG